GUGCUUUUCAUUUCCAGGCAACAAGGCAAAAUUUCUGUGCAAGUGCUGUACACUCCUUGUCACAGCGAACUCGCACUCCCGUCACUUCUAGCAAUCCAUCUCCCGUAUCCCUGUCUCUUGAUCUAUGACUGGAUGCUUCGUCGACCACCCAAAUGGAUCGAAACUGACACCUCGAGACAUGCAGAACAUUGAUAACAGUCUCAGAACAGCUCUAGCCCGAAUAACAAAACAAAAAACCUCCUAUUCGUGACACCUAGGUUGGUGGUGCUAAAAUCGGGAAGGAUGAGCAGUAAGAAAAACAAUCGAUCGAGGAAAGAUGUUGCCCGCAAUCACGGCGGUGGUAGUGAAAGCGAUAACGAAAAGAACAACAGAGGAGCGGAUCCACCACCAGCAUCGACGAGGCCUCCCACAACUAGACAGAGACCCAACCAGGAAGGGGACGGCGACGACUUCGAUUGUAGACCCACGAAACCACCCGCGAGGAAUGAUAGUUCUUCAGGACGACGCCUUGGAUUGGCCCCGACAAAGUCCUCGCGACGUUCUAGGUCAAGAAAUUCCACUUCGGAUUUGAAAAAGGUCCCUGCUGCUACCAGUGACGCAACGGAUAAAAAAUCAGCGGCAUCGGAAGCAAUUUCGAAAACGGAAGCAAAGGCUAGCCCAAAAAAUCCCUCGGCGGAACCAACGGUUCAUCGACAGAAAGCGAAAAACAGCCCGGAUAGAGAUGAUGCAAAAUUGCCACAAAAGCAAGGUUCUACCAAGAAAGGAAUCGCUAGGAGUCAAAACGUCGCCAAAAACUCGGGAACAGAGAAGGGAAUGGAAAAAACACGUGUCACACCUUCAGCAUUCCGUUCCGUCUCCACGAGCGGUCCAAACUCUGGCAAUACAAACAACCAUGCCGGCAGGAACAGUUUUAAUGACGACGAUGGAUCGCAGGCAGAUCAAACGCUGUCGACCGCACCGGGUCCGCCCUCUCUACGAAUUCGCAAUCAUUACUCUUUGCGACCGGGUGCCUAUCGCAUUACCACCGGUGGAGUUGCCCGAUUCGUAGACGCCAAUGAUGAUUUGGACAAUGAUACGGCGCUGGAUAUCAUUGACGACAACGUCACCACCCUCGAUCCCACACUUCCCUUCGGUUCAAACUUUGCCCAAGACGAUUAUAUGCCUCUGCCUCCCCCAAUGCGACCUACGACAAGCGACGGCUCGAGCUUCUACGAUUUUCACAGCAAUCGGAUUGGCGGCAGCCAGGAGAGCCACGGCCAACUCACAUAUGGUUCCAGAGGCGGUUCGAAUGGAGACCAGAACACGGGUGGAGCUGUGUCUACUGUUCCUACUGCAGAGACAACCCGAUCAUCGGGGGAAAGAUCCUCGUCCAGAACCAGAUCCAAAAGGAAAAAGUCUUCGAGGCGAGACAUUCCAUCUGUCAAUAAGACUGUCAACAAAACCGAAAGCACUGAGAUCUCCAGUACAAGGCCCCGUUUCACCACAAGAUUUCUUUUGCUCAUGGGUUGUUUGGUGAUCCUCCUCCUCGUUGUGUGUGUUUCGGUAACGGUUGUUUACGCCAGGGCUGGAAAUCUCAGGAGCAAGGAGGACCAAGAAAAGAAUGGUGUCAUUAUGAUUAGCGAAGAUAGCGAAGACGAAGACGACGACGACGACGACGACGAGACUACAAUGUUUCCCACGGUAUCGCCUCCAUCGAGUCCACCAUUUAGCUCACCUCAAUUGACACCCAUGAAUGCCUUUGUAGAAGCGUUACCAGAGUACACAAAAGAGUCCAUCGGAGAUCCAGAGUCGCCCCAAUCAAAAGCUCUGCAAUGGAUGUCGACGUAUGAUAAUGCUGAGACCUUUUCGAUGGCUCGGAAACUGCAACGAUUCGCCCUGAUGACCCUAAACUUUUCGGUAGCGGGCGAUGACCUGGCGUCUGCGACGUUGAUGUUUUACACCGCCCUCAACGAAUGCGACUGGUACAAGUCGACAUGCGUCGAUGGCAUGUUCACCGAGCUGACGCUUGUAUCAAAGAAGGCCACCUAUGGAACGAUCGUUCCCGAAUUGGCACUCCUUUCUUCCCUGGAGCUUCUUGGAUUGAACCAAAAUUCUUUGGCUGGGACGAUUCCAACGGAACUUGGCCUGAUGACUUCUCUGAGAGAAAUCAACAUGAACGGCAAUCGUUUCCGGGGCACGAUACCGACAGAAUUUGGCAGAUUAACGAACCUCGAAUACAUCGACCUGGGCGACAAUCUGCUCUCGGGGCCGAUUCCCACCGAGAUCGGAUCCUGGAACAAGCUUUUGUACUUGAACGUAACCGGCAAUGAUUUGACCGGGGACAUACCUUCUGAAAUAGGACGAAUUACCGAUCUGGCGAGCAUAUCCCUAUCGUUCAACAAACUAAAAGGUUCGCUGCCACCGGAAUUCGGUUUGCUGGGCAAAAUAAAGGUGUUCGACGUGGGGAAGAAUUAUUUGACCGGAGAUUUCGUCUCGGCGGUAAAAAGCUCGAAGUUCACCCUGGAAACGCUGGACGUCGAGUCCAACAAGUUUUCCGGUUCCCUGCCCUCCGCCAUCGGCGACCUCACGAAGCUGAGCCGGCUCGAUGUAUCGGCCAACGGGCUGACGGGAGUGCUCCCCCGCGAAAUCGGCGGCCUGACGGACCUGGUCGCCCUCGACGUGAGCUCCAACGAGCUCCGGGGGACGAUCCCGUCCGAGCUGGGAAUGCUCACGAACGCGGGAAGCAUGCUGCUCCAGUUCAACCUGUUUUCCGGAACGGUGCCCGAGGAGAUCUGCGACCUGACCGAUUCGCUGUUUACCAAGCUGGUGCAAGAAAACCUCGUCGUGGACUGCACGAACGAGUGCGACUGCUGCCAGUAUCCCCCAAAGUGCUUCCUGUGACCAAAACCGCAAACGGGAGGACGGAUGGUUCCCACGGGGUACUGCUACUAGUAGUAGUACUAGUACUGGCAGCAGCGAGCGGAACCACUGCCCUCUGCCAAAACCCAAACUACUUCAUAAACUCAAUGCACAACU